GUUCAGCAUGGCUACGCUGUGUGAGGGCUACACGUUGUGCGGACUUGCUCCGGCUCAAAAUCGGUUAUGUUCAGGUAUACGGGGAAUCGAAGAAGAGCGAGACAGCGACCAUGUCAUCGUCACCGACUCAACCAGAUCUGUGACUCUGUACAAGGUGUCAGACCAGAAGCCCCUGGGCAGCUGGACGAUGAGACAGGGACAAACACUCACCUGUCCAGCUGUCUACAACACUAAAACCAAGGAGUAUGUCGCAGUCUCGGACAACAAGGUGAUAAGAAUUUGGAAUGAAAAUGACGUCGUACUAGACAAGGCCUUCAAAGCAACAGUGUCGGCAGAUGUCUCGAUGGUUCUCUGUGCACAAGGAGGAGAACCUGUGGUUUUGUUUCAGAGAGGAGCUGUGAGACUGAUGGACUCGCUGCUUUCUGCUCCCCAGCAGCCCAUAGAGGAGGUCCUGGCUCAGGAUGAGGCUAUCAGGUGGAGCACAAGCAUUGUGGCUGAAACACAACAGCUGCUGAUUUUCACAACUGAACUGAAAGGAGAACAUUUCUUCUACCUGCACAGACUGAACCCCAACUCUGUACAGAAGUACCGGCUGGAAAGAGAAGAGCCAGGCCUCUCCCCGCUCAGCUUCUCUGCCUCCUACAAGAAUAAAUACAUCAGCCUGCUCUGUCUCUACCCUAAUGGUCAUGUGUACCAGAGUUUGAUCUCUGUUCGGGGUCCAGGAGCUGAAGAAGAGGCCAAGCUGCCUCAGCUCCCACGUAGUCUGCUGCUGAGUAUUCCUGUGGGUGAGGAGCUGCUGGAAGCAGCUUCAGCCAUCAUCCUGGAUGAUGCCCAUGUAGCUGUGGUGGGCGUUCCACACCCCUCUGCUGGACCCGGUAAAGAUUAUCUCUGCAUCUGGAAUACAAAUUUUCAAACACUUCAAGCUGGGAAAGAAAUGGCAGGAAAACUCUACGGACAGCUUUGGAGUUUUUCAAACAAGUUUUUUAUUCCACAUGGAAAAACGCUCUCCGUCAUCCCAUUUGCAUGUCCACAAUCUUCCCUGGCUUCUGCUCUGGGAAAGCUAAAGCAGGUCAAGACUGAAGAUUCAAAGCUUUCAGUUUUGGUGCCAUCUUGGAAUAACAUCCUGCAUGGAGAAAAUGUUCUACCUCCUAAAACGGUGGAGACCAAGAAGAGUAGGACGCAACGUAGAACCCAGUCGAUUCCUGUUUUAACAACUGGCCAAGUACUAGAACUGAUCAAGACAACACCAGCAGAGGAGGUCCAUAAAGAGGUAGAAGGGCUCCUGUCCAGGCAGGACCUGCAGCCGUUUUUGGGACAGAUGGCGUCCAUUCUUGUGUCUCGGAGCCUGGCUGACCCGGGGUUUUAUUGCUCCAACACCUUAGCACUGCUUGUGCACACUCAGUGCCUUUGUCACAGCGUUUGUCCUGAUCUUUUGCCUCUGGCCCUUGAGAAGAAGGAUUAUUUUCUGUGUCAGCUCUGCUUACAGUUCUUCCCUGACAUCCCAGAGGCUAUCACCUGCACCUGCCUCAAGGCUUUUAUCAGUUUACCAGAUGUCGAUGCAGAGAAGUUGGAUCUAGAGCCUGAAAGUGUCUCUUUCAUGGAAACUAUAAUCUCAACGGAGCGAAGCCAGGCUGGCUUGCAGAACGGCUUUAGUCCAACUUCCUGUGAAAAAGAUACGGCUGACUCCACCAGUGGCCAACAGACGAGAGGAAAAGACACCAAAAAUGCUAAAAAGCCACCAGAACCAGUUUGUCCCUUUGGAGUCCAUAAAGCUGCUUUAAUAAACGAGGUCCUGCAGACUGCAUACAGCGAUACUUUUCUCCUCCCGCACCUAAAGGAUCUUUCCUCUCAACAUGUCAUUCUUUUCCUCGAGUACCUGCAGUUUCUUUACCUACGAUAUUCCCAGGAUGCUUUCCCACAAAAGCAUGGCUUCCGAUCACCAAGACUGGAUCAGGUCAUGGACUGGGUUUGCCUGCUGCUGGAUGCUCAUUUUACUGUGCUCGUGAUGACUCCACAGGCCAAAGGCUUACUGCAGAACCUUCAGGGUUUUGUUAAGUCUCAGGUGAGGCUGUUUUUAGAGCUUGGACAGAUUGAGGGCAGCCUCCAAGAGCUUGACAAGAUGAAGACGAAGGAAGACAUGGGACAGUACUCCAUUGAAGUCAUUGAGCUAUAUUAAAAUAGGAGUUCAGAAUUAUUUUGAUUCCUCUUUUCAGCAUUUCAAAGGAAGUGGUUUAUAGGCUGUAUAUUGACCCAAAGUGCACUUUGGCACGAAUUGCUUCCUGUGAUGAAUGUUUUACUGUACAUGGAAAAUAAAUUAAAAAAAGAUUUAAAUUAGACAUUGCAAAUGUUUAGAAA